AAACUAAGUCUGUAAUGUUGUAUAAGUUCCACCAUAGCCGCUGUGUAGCCAACAGGUUUGAAUCAAUGAAGUUAGCGGCUACCUACGAACUGUUUCUGCUCUAGCAUUUGCUCAUAUGCUUUGUGUACAGUGUCAACAUCGGAAUGGAAGAAAGUAAGCUGGCCGUCCCCGAGUACCUCGACAAUGCGUUCUUUCAAGAAGUUUUGCGAAACUACCUCAAGAGGCCUGAUGGGAACAUAGACCGGAUUGAGCUCUCAAUGGGUUGCGGGAGCGGUGAGAAUUUUUGCAGCGUUAUUUAUCGCGUUCGAGUGCAGUUUUCGUAUGAUAAAUCAAAAUGUGAAAGUGCAACGUGGAUCGUGAAGAGUAUGCCAUACGUUGGAGAAUAUGAGGUUUUCGAAGACAUGCAAUUAUUCAAGAAGGAGAGUGAGACUUACUUCAAAAUUCUUCCCGAGUUGGAUAAAUUCGCUCAGACUAAUUUUGGGCCCAGCUGCUACUACGUAACAAGUACGCCAAUCGACACGAUAGUUUUUGAAGACUUGAAACUUCGCAGACUCAGGCAAAUAGACCGUUUCAACGCAAUUGAUGAGAGUCAUUGUGCUAUCGUUUUCAGUAAACUUGCGAAAUUUCAUGCUGCGUCCAUGCACUUGGCCGAAAAGAACCCAAAUAUUUUCGACAACUUCCAAAUAGGAAUGUAUAGCGAGCGCAACUUUCAAGCAGAGCAAAAUAGGGAGUUUUUCCUGAAGAAAUUUCAAAUGGCAAUUAAGAUAACCGAAAGGACGGCUGGAUAUGAAAGCAUAGCUAAAAAAAUGAAGGUCCUGGAACCAACAUAUAUUCAGAGAGCGUGGGAAAAUUUUGAUUCCAAAAAAGGACUCCUUAAAGUCUUGAAUCAUGGUGACUUGUGGCGCAACAAUCUAUUUUUCAAAUACGAAUCUGAUGAGAGUAAUAUUCCAACUGAAUGUUUAUUUAUCGACUACCAAGGGUGCAUCUAUUCAGGCCCGGGAAUUGACAUUAACUACUUUUUGAAUACUAGCGUACAAAUUGACAUACUUAAAGGUAAACGCGAUUACCUUUUGAAGGAGUGCUACUAUCAGACCUUGAGGAAGACACUAGAAGAGCUUUCUUAUAAGAAAGUUCCAACUUAUAGCGACGUUGAAGCAGAUAUAUUGAAUUAUGAGUUUUUUGGGUUAUUUUCGGCAAUCGGCUCCUCUAUAAACCAACUGAUACAUGAACUAUCCUAUGCAAAAUUUCUGGAGGGGCUAAAUGAUGAGAAAAGAUUUGAAACAUGUAUUAAUUUGGCACCUCGCGCAGAAAAAUUUCGGGCGAAACUGGAAUACGUGCUGCGUCGUGCAGAUAGUUUGGGACUUUUAGACCAAUAAAAUAUAAAUUUAUAUGAAGAAUGUGGUACAAAAAUCUAUUUAAUUUGGUGUUAUUUAUAUUCAGUAGAAGUCGUUGAAAAAAAUAUAUUCAUUCUCUGAA